UUUUAGAUCGUAGAAUUAGAUCACAAUCAAGAUUUAAUAAAUUUGACGUUCACGCGCCGCCUUCUCCGACUCCAAAUUAUUCUUUAAAACCCUAAAAGAAAACACAAAUCUUCCAUUUCUCUCCGUUUACCCAAUUCUCAAAAAAAUGGCAGCAACUACAAUUUCAUCAUCAAUAGUCUCAAAAACAUCUCUAAAUCUCAAACCCAAAUCCCUAAUUCCUCCUCACAUUUCCCCCAAUUCCCAACUUUCCCUUUCCUCCAAACUUUCCUUAAUCCCAUCUAUUUUCCUUUUUUCUCACAUUCAUCAAAUCUCUGCAAUAACACCCACAAAAAAAUUCACCAUUUCUGCCAACCUUGAUGCAAAACCCACAAUUCUAGUCGCGGAAAAGCUUGGAGAUGCAGGAUUAGACCUUCUAAAAGCGUAUGCAAAUGUCGAUUGUUCGUACAAUUUAAGCCCAGAAGAGUUGUGUACAAAGAUCUCACUCUGUGAUGCUUUGAUUGUAAGAAGUGGAACAAAGGUAACUAGAGAAGUUUUUGAGUCUUCCCAUGGAAGAUUAAAGGUUGUUGGAAGAGCUGGUGUUGGGAUUGAUAAUGUGGAUCUGGGUGCAGCAACUGAACAUGGGUGUUUGGUUGUUAAUGCUCCAACAGCUAAUACUAUUGCUGCUGCAGAACAUGGGAUUGCUCUUUUGACUGCUAUGUCUAGGAAUAUUGCUCAAGCUGAUGCUUCUGUGAAAGCUGGGGAGUGGAAGAGGAGUAAGUAUGUAGGUGUAUCCCUUGUAGGGAAGACACUUGCUGUCAUGGGUUUUGGAAAGGUCGGGUCUGAGGUCGCAAGGCGUGCUAAGGGGCUUGGUAUGCAUGUGAUUGCACAUGACCCUUAUGCACCCGCUGAUCGUGCCCGAGCUAUUGGAGUGGAGCUUGUUUCCUUUGAAGAUGCUUUAUCUAAAGCAGAUUUCAUUUCACUCCAUAUGCCUCUGACUCCUGCAACAACAAAGAUGCUUAACGACGAAACUUUUGCUAAAAUGAAGAAAGGGGUCAUGAUUGUGAAUGUUGCUCGUGGUGGUGUUAUUGAUGAAGAUGCUCUUGUGAGGGCUUUGGAUUCCGGGAUUGUUUCUCAGGCGGCACUUGAUGUCUUCACUCAAGAGCCCCCAGCAAAGGACAGUAAGUUGAUACUGCAUGAAAAGGUUACUGCAACUCCACAUCUCGGUGCUAGUACCAUGGAAGCCCAGGAAGGAGUGGCUAUAGAAAUUGCAGAAGCAGUUAUCGGUGCCUUGAAUGGGGAACUUGCUUCGACUGCAGUGAACGCACCUAUGGUUCCUGCCGAGGUCCUCAAUGAGCUGAAACCAUUUGUGGAACUCUCGGAAAAACUCGGUCGACUAGCUAUCCAACUGGUAGCUGGUGGAAGCGGUGUUAAAUCUGUGAAGGUAGGUUAUGCAACCUCAAGAGCACCCGACGAUCUCGACACCAGGGUGCUCCGAGCAAUGAUAACCAAAGGUUUGAUCGAGCCCAUCUCCAGCACCUUUGUGAACUUGGUAAAUGCUGAUUUCACAGCAAAGCAGAGAGGGCUUCGUAUUACCGAAGAGCGUAUUCUUCUAGAUGGCUCACCCGAAAGCCCGCUCGAUUCCAUUCAGAUUCAGAUAGCCAACGUGGAAUCGAAAUUUGCUAGUGCGAUUUCUGAUUCCGGGGAGAUUAGGCUUCAGGGUAAAGUCAAAGACGGAGUUCCCUAUCUAACUAAAGUUGGUUCCUUCGAGGUCGAUAUCAGCUUAGAGGGUAGCAUUAUACUAUGCCGACAAGUUGAUCAACCCGGAAUGAUAGGAAAGGUCGGAAGUGUGUUGGGAGAGGAGAAUGUGAACGUUAGUUUCAUGAGUGUCGGAAGGUUGGCUCCAAGAACUCACGCUGUCAUGGCAAUCGGGGUCGAUGAACAACCUAGCAGUCGGGUACUUAAGAAGAUUGGCAAUAUCCCAGCUAUCGAAGAGUUCGUGUUUCUUAAGUUAUGAUUUUCUUAGUUGCACGUUCGAGAGACUUAUUUUAUUCAUCUCGCAACUCGCAUUGAUGUUCAAGUUGUAUUGAGUGCAAUAUGGUACCAUUUUUGGCGGGCUUUGUCAAAUGUAGUCAAUUCUAACCUUUAGGUAUCAAAACUACUAAUAAUAAUGUCAAGUUAUUGGGAAGAGUUUAGUGGUUUGCUUGACUCCUAUAUCAUUCCUAG